AUGGACUUCCCUGGAGGAUCCACCACCAACGUACGGGUUACUGAUGGAUUCUCCAACAUAUACUGGAGGAUUUAUACAGAGGAGCCCAAUAUAACGAAUAUGCCUGGCGAGGCCCCUGCAAAUGGUUAUACCAUCCUUAAGCACCUCAGCCGCUUAAAGAGUCUCGAGCUUCGGUUGAGGAGCCUGAAUUGCCUAGUAUCGAGCUAUCCGAGGCGACUCGGUCUUUGGGUCUUCUCCGCUACCCCGGAUUUCGAAAGCCUGAUACCUCUCUGCUCAAACGAUGGUAAAGACGAACAGAAUCGACUUUCCGUUGGUGCAUCUACUUUAAAAGUCUCUGCAUCUGGAAGUAUCACCUCCUGGGAGAUUGUCAAGAACCUUUCGGCCGACUCUCCAAACGGAACUGGGGUUUCAUCUGCGCCGCAGCGUUCGCAAAAUGCUAGUACCCCUGUCAGACGAAUGGACGGCUAUAGUAGUUCUGCUACAAUCUACGCCUCCUUCAUAUCGGCGGUGACUGGUGCACUAAAUCUCCACUUGGUUCGGCAUAACAACGCGAUUCCCCUUGGAUCCCGUAGUCUUUUCACUGCUGUGGAUAGGGAUUGCUAUGAGAAUCUCAAUGCUGCCAACAGUGAUCUUUCUUCGGCUUUGACAACGCUUCAAGUUCAAUUGACCCCCGCUGGUAAAUUAACCGUAACACUACAAAUGAUCGCACAGCCCGGCAUCGCACGACUCUGCCAACCUGAGGAUGAUGCUACCGCUUUUCACAGCACAUCUCCUGGGUCUGACUUGUGGCUGUCUCCUAGUGGGUCAAUUGCCCGUCUUGUCACAACAAAUCCAGGCACAUCGAAUGCAUCGUCGCCAUAUCCUCCUGGUGAAGCUGCCUCAACCGAUGGUGAGGCGACAGCUGACGGCAGGCAAUGGAAGGACAGUGUUUUGGAAUGGCUCGAAAACUUUGGUCUAGCUGUGGAUUCGGUUGACAACUCUUCUUGGGUUGAAGUCGAAGUCUGGGAGCCGUUUUACUCUAGACUGGCUGGAGAGACUUGGCGUUUAGGUGAGGAGAACACGUCCUCACUGCCUUUGAAGCGGAUCCUAUGGCCGGCCGUAUUUUGUUUCAAAAGGGUAAAGUCCACGCCUCCUGAUAUCUUGCAAACUGCUUGCUCUCCUGCGAGCGAUCCUUUGGACUUUGCGCAGAAAUGGCACGAAACUGAAAUGCCCGGGAGUGGAGAUAUGCAACCCAAACAGCCUUCCAAUCACCAAGAACAACAAUCCAAGAACGAUGAAAUACCCCCUGCUGCACUUGAUCUUACAGAGGGUCUAGAGAGCCUAUCUCGCGCCUCCCAGUAUCCCGAGCUUCAGACUGCAAGUCUUGUAUAUCCGACACCACCAGAUGGGGCUGCCGCAAUGGGAUUGAACAACAUUGGCUCCUCGGAUGCUGUUGCUGAAGAUACAUAUCUCGGACUUUCUCUCACGCAAGCCCAAAACAAGCAAAGAGCCCAGGACCACUUCUCUGUCAAAGACCGGUCGGAUGGAGAUGUACCCAUGAGCUUUGGGCCAUCGGCCGGGCUUGUUGUAGGAUCUGGAUUAUAUGACACCAACGAAGAUGAUGACCUCUUUGGGGAUAUAAACGAAAGGGAUUUCGGAGCCAAGGGAAUCACUGAUGAGGAUUUCAGCUUUUUUGAUGAUCCCGGGUUUGGCCACAUGGCCGACAGCACGCAUGAUGUUGCACAGACGAUUGCCAAUAUAGAAGAUUCGAAUGAACCAGAGAUGCAGGCUGUUCCUAUUGAAAACACUUCACCGGAAGCCUUCGCCUUACAGGAAACUCCAGCAGAGCAUAUUGAGGUUCCCAAUACAGGCCCCUUGCACAACGAAACAGCGAAGCCAGACCGAGAGAUCGCACCUAGCGACGGUGCAAUGCACCAGUCCCCGCCAGACGAGCAAAACCAAACAAUAAUAAGUCCACCUCUAAGCCCUGUGGAUAUUAAAAAAAUACUUUUUCCGGGGCCAAGCGGAGACACAAAACCGCUUCCCAAGCAAUCACAGGUGCAAAGUUACUAUAACCCUGUUGUUUUUAAACAGAACAUGUCAACAUGGAAUCAGAAGUAUGGUAUAGAGGGCAAGUUCUGGUUUACAAUUACCCAUACGAGGCCGGUCAAAAAACCUAUUAACUCCUUGGGAGAUAUUCCAACCGUUGGCCCCCCUCGGCGUCACAGGAAUAUUUCAACAGCUGGUGGUAUUUCAAAAACAUUUGACGGCCAUGCCAGUCCCCCAAGUGAUGCAGACCAAUUGUGUGCGGAUUCCGACACAAGCAGUGUCUUAAGCGAUGAUAGCAAUAGUGCUGCUUCGACGACUGGUGCUUCUCCAACUACAUUUUCACCCCGCAAAAGAAAGCGUGCCUGCUCUAACUCUGAUAGCUCGCUUGCUUUGUCACAGGACAAACAGCCUGGAGAUCUUGAUCAAGAAUUGUCUGUCCGCAAGGCUGGGCAUUCAACAUUCCUAGGGAACUUUUUGUCCACAUUCUCUGACUGGUCCAUGACAGGCUAUUUCUCUUUCUCAGAAAAUCAAAUAUUUCCCGUGCUCAUCAGCAAAGAAAUCCAGGUUCAAGUUGCUCAAAUCUUAGUGGAUCAGGUCACACAAUCGUCGUUAGAUCAUAAACUUGAUCGACAUUUUGGUCUUUCUGAUCUCGACGACAGAGCACAUUCUGUACAAACUUUCCUUGAGGAUACAGCGUUUAUGAAUGGAAUGGAAAGGCUUGAUCUCAACGGCUUUGUUUCUUUACAGGAUAGCAAUUCAUUGUCUCCUGCGGCUAGCAUUGCUACAUCUCGUCAAACGUUACAACGCAGGGAGACGGGAAAAGGAUCAAUAUUAAAGCUAUCUCCACCACACUUGCGCGUCCGCCGAGGGAAGGAGUAUUUAGAAAUCCUUCCUCCUGCAGCUACUUUCUGGGAAACCUUUGGCUUAGAACCCGUUUCUGGUCCUAAGGAUAUCGCAGCGUAUUGCAUCCAUCCAAGUUGUGCGGCUGAGGCGGCAAAUACAUUCCUAGAAAGACUAGGAUUACUCUACUCGAGUUGUAACCUUGGAAUGCAUGCCAGAGGGGAGGUGCCAAAUGCAUUUGAGCGAGGACUAGGGUCGUGGAAUGUUGGUUCAUUCGAGGCACCAGACUAUCUUUCCAUCAUGCAGUCCUUGAAGACCAUUUGUGAAGAACUAGGAAACUCUCUUCUGAAAUUCGCACCCAACGAAGACAACAUUGUUGUGUAUAUGAUUAACCCAUUCACGCAUGCUGCUGCAAUGGUAGACAUAUGCUCUGCAUUCUGGAGCCUAUUCCAGAAAUAUGUAGCUGAUGCGGAAAAGAAGCAAGCCCGUCAACUAAAUGAGCUGGUGUUGCAAAUUGUUCCAAUUGACUUUGUUGCUUCAACUGAGUCCCUGGUUGUGCCACCGCAGGCAGAGUACCUUAGCUUAGCUUUGGAAGUUUACAGUCGAUGUCCACCCCGCACUGCUCAAUCCAGUCUCGUCAAUUGUGCACCCCCAGCUCUUUUGGCGGAAUCGCUCCCAAAAUCUCUUAGUUUCAAGCUCGCUUCUGAGAAAUCUUCUCCGCUACAGGAAGGAAGGUAUCUCCAUGUUGCGUGCUCUAGAAGCCAAGAUCAACGCUGGAUAAGCGUAGCCUGGUCCGACAAUACCGGAUCUAUCCAGCGAACAAUGUCAUAUAAUCUCCGCUUCCGGGGUGCAAGUACGUCCAGGAGUGCUUCUGAUAUACGGAUUGAAAUCUGUGCAGCAACGAAAGACAUCAUGGACAGGAUACAAGCGCGAUGGAGAAUAGUGGUUGUUCACACAGGAUCUACGGAUCAGGACGAACUUGACGCGUGGUCAAAUUUCAUUGAACAAUACAAUAAAGCGAGCCCGGCCCCUUCAGAAUUGACUAUUGUGAACGUCAGCUCCGCGCCGGAUCUUUACCUCGAACCCCCGAACCUCCCGAUACCAAUGAGCAUCUUCAUUCCACCUACAUCCACGCCGGUAGCCACCCCAAAUCCCAGCGUUCUUUCGCCUGAUCAAAAUGCUUCCACCCCUCCGAACAUCGUGAACGCUCCAACGCCAACGGAAGUCACUUUCGAAGCAGAAUCCGAGUCUUUGCUCAUCGAUAUUUGUGAUGAAUCCUGGGGGGUACUCUUAUCCCAUCGCCUCAACAGCUCCCCGCACAUUACUGAGUACCGUCCUGCUUUAGCUAGCGGGUAUUUACUGCGUCGCAAGGGCACGGUCGAUGGUGACGGUGCGUAUGCCCUAACUGUCAACCUUAUAUAUACCCAACGCCACCCUUCAGCGUAUGAAUCACUCCUCCGUGAAAUUCUGGGAAUGUAUCGUGACCUAGCCACCCUUGCUCGAGUCAGAGGGACAUGUACUGUUCAGAGGAGCACAUUACCUUGGCAUAUCGCCACGGCGGUUCGAGCACAGGAACUGCUGAGUUAUGUUUUGUAA